AUCCCCGUAGGCAUUGAUGUGCAGGUGGAGAGCAUCGACAGCAUCUCAGAGGUCAACAUGGACUUCACCAUGACUCUGUACCUGCGUCACUACUGGAAGGACGAGAGGCUGGCGUUCCCGUCUAGAAACAACCAGAGCAGGACUUUUGACUCCCGGCUGGUGAAGAAGAUCUGGGUUCCCGACGUCUUCUUCGUCCACUCCAAACGUUCCUUCAUCCACGACACCACCAUGGAGAACAUCAUGCUGCGGGUUUACCCUGAUGGAAAAAUCCUCUACAGCGUCAGGGUCACUGUGACGGCUCUCUGCUCGAUGGACUUCAGCAGCUUCCCUUUGGACACACAGAACUGCUCGCUGGAGUUGGAGAGCUACGCGUAUAACGAGAAUGACCUGAUGCUUUACUGGAAGAAUGGCAACGACUCUCUGAGGACGGAUGAGAUCGUAUUGUCACAGUUCUUCAUUGAGCAUUUCCAAGCCUCCAGUGGCCUGGCUUUCUACAGCAGCACCGGCUGGUACAACCGUCUCUUCAUAACCUUCAUCCUGCGGAGGCACAUCUUCUUCUUCAUGCUGCAGACGUACUUCCCCACCAUGCUGAUGGUCGUCCUCUCCUGGGUCUCCUUCUGGAUCGAUAGACGGGCUGUUCCUGCAAGAGUGUCUCUGGGUAUAACCACAGUGCUCACCAUGUCCACCAUCAUCACAGGAGUGUCCGCCUCGAUGCCUCAGGUGUCGUACGUGAAAGCGGUGGACAUCUACCUGUGGACCAGCUUCCUGUUUGUCUUCCUGUCUGUGAUUGAAUAUGCAGCCGUGAACUACUGCACCACUCUGGAGGAGAUGAGGAAGAUGAAGAGGGGGAAGUUUGCUUGUUGA